CGCAGCCUGUACUUCCCUCUGCGCCUGGAGCUGGAGCUGGAGCGCGGCCCCUGGGACGACGAGGAUUUCCGCGUGGAGCCAGCGGAGGAGGGCCCGGUGCUGGCGCUGUGCGUGCCGGGGGCGCCGGGCCGGCGCUGCCUGGCGCGCUGGAUCGCCGCGCUGCAGGAGCAGAACCCGGCGCUGGCCGAGACCCCCGUCGUCUUCCGCCUGGGCCCGGGGGGCGACCCCCGCCCCGAGCCCCCCCCGAGCCCCCUGCUGGGCGAGGGGAGCCCCCCGGCCGCGCGGCUGGAGCCCCCCGAGGGGCAGGAGGGGGAGGGGGAGCCCCCGAAAAGCGGCGGGGAAUAAAGGGGAGAUGUG